AUGGUCUGGGUUGAGUCGCAACGGCCGCGGGCUACCAGGCCUGGUAGCAGAGCCAGCAAAAGAAAACAACCCGCUGACGAUGCACUUGCAGCACUGGAAGAGCAUAGGCGAGACAUUGAGAGAAGAGUUGAUGCACUCUCCCCUACUGAGAUGAAGGAAACUCCAAUAGGAGUUGUCGAGGAGAAUCAAGAGUACUUGUUUGCUAUUCUGGGCUCCAGCAACAAGGAACCACAGCAACCUGAAGGUCCUGGGCCUUCGCAGUCACAACCGUCUUGGUGUGUCUGCAAUUUUUGUAAGGAAAUGCCAACUCAGAGGGAACGACUGUGUUGUCAAAAUGAUCCGGAGAGUUGCAUUUCUAGACUACCUGAUUUCAGAGUUCUUAUGCUCGAUGAGGCUGUCCUGGCUGUAGCCAGACUUUACCGGCAGGAUAUCCUGGCAUGGAUGCAAUAAUGUUUAAUUUGUAGAAAUAAUAGGUAUCUUACGAACAUUCAGGGAAACUGGAGUCGAAACAUGGGUAUAAGCGUAGAUCGUAAUAAUAAGAAACUGAGGCAACCAAAAUUGACAGGAAUGUAAAAAGCAAGAGAAGA